CUGGGCAACAAGAGCUAAACUCUCUCUCAAAAAAGAAAAGUAUACUCUGAUUUUCUGACUCCUCUGGGUACUAGAAAGAGGAAAAGAAAGUCUAGUAAGUUUUUUAAAAAGUAUCACAUCUCUUUGAACAGCUAUAAUUUUGGUCAGGGAUUGGCUAACCACAGGCCUAUGGGCCAGAUCCCACUGACCUUUUUUUGUAUGGCCCUAGGGCUGAGAAUGACUACUUUUUUUUUUUUUUUUUUUUUUGAGAUGGAGUCCCGCUCUUUCACCUGGGCUGGAGUGCAGUGGCACGAUCUCAGCUCACUGCAAGCUCUGCCUCCCGGGUUCACGCCAUUCUCCUGCCUCAGCCUACAGAGUAGCUGGGACUACAGGUGCCCACCACCACGCCUGGCUAAUUUUUUGUAUUUUUAGUAGAGACAGGGUUUCACCGUGUUAGCCAGGAUGGUCUCAAUCUGACCUCGUGAUCCACCCGCCUCGGCCUCCCAAAGUGCUGGGAUUACAGGCGUGAGCCACCACACCCAGCCUCUACAUUUGUAAAGAGCUGUAAAGAAAGCAUAUGUAAUACAGACAGUAUGUGACCCACAAACCUGAAAUAUUUACCCUCUGGCCCUUUACAGAAAAUGUUUGCUGGUCACACCUCCCACAUCUUCAGUUUUUCUUUGUUUGUUUGUUUUUUGUUUUUUUUUUUUUUUGAGAUGGAGUCUCACUCUGACACCCAGGCUGGAGUGCAAUGGCCUAGUCUCAGCUCACUGCAACCUCUGCCUCCUGGGUUCAAGCAAUUCUCCCUCCUCAGCCUCUUGAGUAGCUGAAACUACAGGCGCAUGCCACCACACCCAGCUAAUUUUUGUAUUUUUAGUAGAGAUGGGGGUUCACUAUGUUGGCCAGGCUGGUCUCAAACUCCUGACCUCGUGAUCCGCCUGCCUCGGCCUCCCAAAGUGCUGGGAUUACAGGAGUGAGCCACCAUGCCUGGCCAGCCCUCAGUUCUUACUUGGACCAAAUCAAAGUUGGUCUGGAUCUAAAUGGAAUCAAAUAGCAGAACUGUUGAGAGAUAUGAAAAACACAUGGGGAUUUGGUGAGCUGCUCUCCUUCAGCUGACUCAUGCUUUGCUGUGAUUGCUAUACGGUGUUGUCUAUGUAAAAGUCGACCCUAAAGAAAUAGCUCUUAAAUCACAUUAGAAUUAUAAAGGAAUAUAUGUGAGUAGUUCUAACAGCUGAAGUCUAGAACUCUGCUUCAGUGACUAGUUCUCAUUGAGCGCUGGGACACGCUUUGCUGAGAGUCACUGUGGAGGGUCAGAUUCUUUCCGGUGGCUCCCAUGCUUCACCGAGAGCAGUUGUGCUGCUGACCCCUGAGGCCACUGGGACAGCAGGGCAGGCUCCUUGGUCAGGGCUGGCCCAGGAGCAGAGUGGGUUGAUGAGAGGGAGCCUGGUACCUGGGACACUGGUCAGGGUCUACAGGCUGGGGACCCUGCGGGCUGGGUGAGAACCCCUCACUGGUCUUUGGCUUCUCUGGCUGGGGACCCUGCGGGCUGGAUGAGGACCCCCCUCAUUGGUCUUGGGCUUCUCAGGACUUCUUUCUUUGUAGAAUCUUCCUCAUCCCUUCCUUUUUCUGUUUGAUGUCUCUUUCCUCAUUUCUUCUGUAAAAUAAAUUUUAAAAGGGACUGAAUAAUUUCCAACUCUUUUUUUUUUUUUUUUUUUUUGAUAAAGGGUCUCACUAUGUUGCUGGUUUUGAACUCCUGGACUCAAGGAAUAUUCCCACCUUGAGCUUCCAAAGUGCUGGGCUUACAGAUGUAAGCCACUGGGCCCGGUCUACCCCGACCUGUUUUUUUCAGUUUUUUUCAGCUUUUGUGACAGUUUUCUUAUGGACCUUUUGACUGGUCAGGAUAACAUUGCCUGGGGAUGUAUUUUACUUGAUUGCUUAAAUUAUGUUUCUGUUUCAAUUUUUUUUUUUUUUUUUUUUGAGUCAGUCUCGCUCUGUCAACCUGGCUGGAGUGCAGUGAUGUGAUCUCGAUUCACUGCAACCUCCACCUCCAGGGUUCAAGCGAUUCUCUCAAGUCUCAGCCUCCUGAGUAGCUGGGAUUACAGGCGCGUGCCACCACGCCUGGCUAAUUUUUGCAUUUUUAGUAGAGAUAGGGUUUCACCACGUUGGCCAGGCUGGUCUCGAACUCCUGACCUCAAGUAAUUUGCCUGCCUCAGCCUCCCAAAAUGCUAGGAUUACAGUCGUGAGCCACCGCCCCCAGCCAAAAAGCAGAUUUAAAAUGUUAGACAAGCUGAACUCAAGGUGGAAGCAUCAGAUAGAGGAAUAUUAACAUAUCAUUUACAGGUAUAGUUAAUAAUCAUGGGCAGGCAUGGUGGCUAACACCUGUAAUCCUAGCACUUUGGAAGGCUGAGGAGGGCAGAUUGCUUGAGCUCAGGAGUUUGAGGCUAACCUGGGCAACAUAGCAAAAAACGCUGUCUCUACAAAAAAUACAAAAAUAAGCCGGGUGUGGUGGUGCAUGCCUGUGGUUCCAGCUACUCUGGGGCUGAGGUGGGAGGAUUGCUUGAGUGAGGGAGGUCGAGGCUGCAGUGAGCCACAUGGUGCCACUGCACUCCAGCCUGGGCGACAGAGCCAGACCCUGUCUCAAAAAAAAAAAGAAAAAAAAUAAGCGGACACAGUGUGCCUGUAAUCCCAGCUACUCGGGAGGCUGAGGCAGGAGAAUUGCUUGAAAUCGGAAGGUGGUGGUUGCAGUGAACCGAGAUCACGCCACUGCACUCCAGCCCCGGUGACAGAGCAAGACUCCGUCAUAAAUAAAUAAAUAAAAGUAAUAAAUAAAUGAUUAAGUAAGUAAGUAACGAUCCAUUGUGGUUUUGUGGAAACAUCCAUGUUCACAGCUGGGGUCUGGUCAGUCUGCAUAGUGGAGCACACUGCUAGGACGCAUCCUUAGCAAGUGAAAAAAGUGAGGCUCAGAACUGUAGAGUAUAGCCUUUUAUCUAAGGAAGGCAGAUGAAGACUGGCUUAUGAUAAAGGUGCUAACCCCCAGACUAGUAAAAAUGGGGUUCCCUGUGGAGUAGGGAAGGGGCAGUGUUAUAAGUUGGAUUUCUGGCCGUAUCUGCUAUAGUAUUGAUCGUGGAACUCUAGGGGAGGAAAGAUGUUUUCCUUCUACCCAUCUUAGGUUCAUUGGCUGGGGCUCCUGGAACAGAAGACAGAUUUACAAAAGAGAAAGGCACACAAAUUUAUGUAAUAUAAGUUUUACAUGACAUGGGAGCCUUUAUGAGGAAAUGACCCAAGGAAAUGGUUAAACCUGAGUGGUUUUGUGUUAGGUUUGAUGAGCAAUGAAAAGCUAUGGAGAACUAUGAUAGGAGGAGUGUGAGCUAAACGCAGUGAACUGGGGGAAACUUAGCAAGGUCUGUUCAGAUUUCUCUCUGUAUCCUUCUUUGGAGGUCAGCAUGUUUCCUUCCCCCAUAGAUAGGGAGGGCACUUCUCACAUGAGGGUCUUACCACCUGCUUCGGGGGAGGGUCAGAAAGUCCUUCCUAGGUUUCGUGACCUGCCUUAGGAGAGAAGGGUCAGGGAAGGUCAGAGAGACGUUCCUGCACAAGCUGCUUCUCAAAUUCUUUCAGCUUCAAAUAUUCAGUGUGCCCAGGUGCCACGUUUUGGGGUAGCAUGUCCUGAACCUUGUCAAAACUAUAUGAAUGUUUUAAUAUAGUUUUAAAAUAAAAUGAAGUCAAAAGUUGGGGGGAAGUAGUCUUUAAAAAUUGAAAGCAGCCAGGCACUGUGACUCACACCUGUAAUCCCAGCAUUUCGGGAGGCCACUGUGACUCACACCUGUAAUCCCAGCAUUUCGGGAGGCCACUGUGACUCACACCUGUAAUCCCAGCAUUUCGGGAGGCCAAGGUGGGAGGAUCGCUUGAAGCCAAGAGUUCGAUACCAGCCUGUGAAACAGCCAGACCCCGUCUCUACAAAAAAAGAAAAAAAAAAAAACCUGAAAGCAAAAUGAAUAAAAAUAACCAAACCAGAAAUUGAGUUGGUGGCUUAACUAUACAGAGAGGAAUUAUUUCAAGUGACUUCAAAACAAAUUGUAUUGGCCAGGCGUGGUGGCUCACGCCUGUAGUCCCAGCACUUUGGGAGAUCGAGGCAGUCGGAUCACGAGGUCAGGAGAUUGAGACCAUCCUGGCUAACACGGUGAAAUCCCAUCUCUACUAAAAAUACAAAAAAAAUUAGCCGGGCAUGGUGGCGGGUGCCUGUAGUUCCAAAUACUCGGGAGGCUGCGGCAGGAGAAUGGCGUGAACCCCAGAGGUGGAGGCGGAGCUUGCAGUGAGCCGAGAUCAUGCCACUGCACUCCAGCAUGGGUGACAGAGCGAGACUCCAUCUCAAAAAAAAAAAAAAAAAAACCAAAGAAACAAAUUGUAUUGUACAUCCUAGCAGGGUAAAUCCUAAAGACAAAAUAACUAAAAAGACACCCUGGGCAGUUUUUAGUACGUGAAUUGUUGGUAAUAACAUUUUAACUUAUUUAUUUAUUUAUGUACUUACUGACUUACACUUACUUUUUGAGGUGGGAUCUCGCUCUAUCAGCCAAGCUGGAUUGUGCCACUGCACUCAGCUUCCAAACCUUCGCUAUUGCUGGGAGAUGCACUACUACAAAUAAGCCACAGGACAUCGCUUUCUUCAGACCCUGCAGAGCAUGUUACACUCGUGUGGCUUUGGAAGCUGCAUUCUGGUCACAGCUGAGCGUCUUUCGUGGUGCUUGCCUCAUGAGCCACCUGCUUCAUCAGCUCACUCUGUGUUUCCCAUUUUGAAUAAUGCUGUAAUUCAUAGGUUGAAUUGAUGUAAUUCACUGUUGCAGGCACCAGAGUUGUACAGAUUGUUGACAGGUGUCCUGUCCUUGUGAGUUCGACCUUAUCUUAGAAGCACAAUUAUUUUAUCGUCAGAGGUCAGGUUGCGUAGAAGAAAUAGCAGGGCUUUGGAGCUGGACAGAUUGAAGUUACCCAACCUCUGGUACAUCUGUCCCCUCAACAGCGAAAGAAGGACAAUUAACCUAUCUGCGUUUUCUAGAGUAGUCUGGUCACGACUAGUGUGAACCCCCCAGUCACACUGUUAGUGGCAAAAAACCAUUUUAUUAUGUGGACAAAUUCUGUGGACCCGGAAUAUGGAGAGGAAGUGGCCGUCUCUCCUCCAGGAUGUCUGAGUCAUCAGCUGGGACGACUCAGCGGCUGGGGGUGACGUAAUGACUGAGGAAUGGCAUCUUCUGGAGGCGCUUUCUGAAAUUUGUCAGCUGGAACAUGAGCUGGGGAUACCGACCAGAGCACACAUGUGCAGACUCCAUAGGACCUGGGCUUCCUCACAGAUUAGAGGAGGUCUUCACAGCACUGGGGGCUUCCUCACCGCAUUGGGGGGUUUCCUCACAGCACUGGGGGGUUCCCUCACAGCACUGGGGGGUUCCCUCAUAGCACUGGGGGGUUCCUCACAGCACUGGGGUGCUCCCUUACAGCACUGGGGGGGUUCUCUUCACAGCACUGGGGGGUUCCUUUAUAUCGUUGGGGAGGGCUCUCAAGCAUUGAGGGGUUUCCUUUGUAUCACUGGGGGGCUCCCUCACAGCAAUGGGGGCUUCCUUACAGUAUCGGGGGCUCCCUAAUAGCAUUGGGGGGCUUCCUCACAGCACUGGGGGGCUUCCUCACAGCACUGGGGGGCUUCCUCAGCAUUGGGGGUCUCCUUUAUAUCAUUAGGGGGCUUUCUCAUAGCAGUGUUGGAGGGGGCAUUCCUCACAGCAGGGGGCUUCCUGGUAGUCGGACUUCUCACAUGGGUGCUCAGGGCUCCAGAAGGGAGUGUCGCUAUGAGCAAGAUGGAAGCCUCCUCGCCUUUUCUGACCCCGCUCUGGAGUCACCAUCAUUUCCGCUGCAUUCUCUUGUUCUCAAGUGAGUCACUCAGAAAUGGGAUUUCACCAUGUUGGCCAGGCUGGUUUCGAACUCCAGACCACGCCCGCCUCAGCCUUCCAAAGUGUUAGGAUUACAGGUGUGAACCACUGAGCCCGACCAUAUCUGCAUGAUUUAUAGAUAAUAACAUUUACUGAGAAAACCAGUGAAAUCUCUGUAAACUGUUAGAACCACAGGAGGAUCCAGAACAGUUGCCAGAUAGAAGUUCAGUCUACACAAACCAGUGAUACUUCUACUGGCAACCCACCAUAAAGUGUAACUGCUUUUGAGACAGUGAUCAGAAAACCCAUAAAGUGUUUAGGAAUUAAUCUAAGAAGACCGUCCAGAAAGAAGACCAUCAGACUUAAUCAUGGAUGAAGACACCAUUUGCUUUUCACUCAAGAUGAUUUGAUGUCUUAUAAAACUCUGGUGAACCAUGAUGGCUACACAGACAUUAAGUAUAGACAGCUAUCAAGAUGGGCAACAGAUGCAAGUAGUAACAGAGUUAAAGACAGAACAAGAUCCAAACUGCUCUGAACCCGAUGCAGAAGGAGUGAGCCCUCCCCCUGUGGAGUCUCAGACCCCGAUGGAUGUGGACAAGCAGGCCAUUUAUAGGCAUCCACUAUUUCCAUUAUUAGCUUUGUUGUUUGAAAAAUGUGAACAAUCUACACAGGGCUCUGAAGGCACAACUUCUGCCAGUUUUGAUGUAGACAUCGAAAAUUUUGUAAGAAAGCAAGAGAAGGAAGGGAAACCUUUCUUUUGUGAAGAUCCAGAAACUGACAAUUUAAUGGUAAAAGCAAUCCAGGUUUUGCGCAUUCAUCUUCUUGAGCUGGAAAAGGUUAACGAACUCUGCAAAGAUUUCUGCAGUCGAUACAUUGCUUGUCUAAAAACAAAAAUGAACAGUGAAACUCUGCUGAGUGGAGAGCCUGGAAGCCCGUACUCACCGGUGCAGUCCCAGCAGAUUCAAAGUGCCAUUACAGGCACCAUCAGCCCUCAAGGAAUUGUGGUGCCGGCGUCUGCACUACAGCAGGGAAACGUAGCCAUGGCGACAGUGGCAGGUGGCACAGUGUAUCAGCCUGUCACGGUCGUCACUCCCCAAGGCCAAGUGGUCACACAGACAUUGUCGCCUGGGACAAUUAGGAUCCAGAACUCCCAGCUUCAGUUACAGUUAAACCAAGAUCUCAGCAUCUUGCAUCAAGAUGAUGGUUCAUCUAAGAACAAGAGGGGCGUCCUGCCAAAGCAUGCCACGAACGUGAUGCGGUCCUGGCUCUUCCAGCACAUCGGGCAUCCCUACCCAACAGAGGAUGAGAAAAAACAGAUUGCUGCUCAGACAAAUUUGACACUACUCCAAGUCAACAACUGGUUCAUCAAUGCCAGAAGACGAAUUCUUCAGCCAAUGUUGGAUUCAAGUUGUUCAGAGACCCCCAAAACAAAGAAAAAAACUGCUCAGAACCGGCCAGUUCAGAGGUUUUGGCCUGACUCUAUUGCAUCAGGAGUCGCACAGCCACCGCCGAGCGAGCUCACCAUGUCGGAAGGAGCUGUUGUCACCAUCACCACGCCCGUGAACAUGAACGUGGACAGCCUUCAGUCUCUGUCCUCGGACGGGGCCACCCUGGCGGUGCAGCAGGUCAUGAUGGCAGGGCAGAGCGAGGAUGAAUCUGUGGACAGCACAGAGGAGGACGCAGGUGCCCUGGCCCCCGCCCACAUCAGCGGGCUGGUCUUGGAGAACAGUGACUCCCUGCAGUAGGGGCAGGAGCAGACGCACCUGACUUUUUAGAGUUUGCACAGCAAACAUUUUACACAGUUUUAUUUCUAAUAUGUUUUAUAUGUAGAUAUAGAAGAGUGCACUUUUGUAUUUCAUAGUAAGCUUAAAGCGCGUCUUUGCCGGUGCAGCGACUUCUUUCAAGUGUGUGUGUGUGUGUGUGUGUGUGUGUGUGUGUGCAUGUGCACACAUGUGUGUGCGUGUGUGGAUUUUUAAAGAAAUUCUUUAAAGGUUUAACGCUAGAUUGUGAGGAAUGACACACCACUCCCUCCCCACCUUGAAUCCCUAAUUAGAUUAAGGAAUAGCGCUGCCAUUUUCUAAACCGUGAUGCGGUUUUCACUUAGUUCUGUGGUUCCAGCAGAUCUCAGUGGGCUGGUUUAUUUGUGUGGCCCAUGGAUUUGAAAGAAGCUGCUGCACCCGAAACUGCCAGUGUGCGGUGACAACGGCACACGCCUAGACUGAGUGUGGUUUCAUCGUGAGUGGAUGGACGGCAAGCUUAGCAAGCCUAAGUCCCCUCAUGUUCAGUGAGCCUGUUUCAUUUGCUAUAUAGAAAAAGAAACUCCUAUUUUUACCUUGCUGGAAUUAUUGGAUAAAAAAGCUAUUUUUAUAAAUUCGUUAUGAAUUGGAUGAUGACUAUAUUGAGGAUAAAAUUUCUAGAGAAGAAACAAUACAUGCUUGCUAUUAAUAUUUCAAUUUGGAAUGUUCUGAAUUGACCAAAUUUAAUGAACCUGCCCAAAGUUAGCUACCGUUCCAUGGUUCUUUGCUCUCCCAGGGUAGUGAUGAACAUUUACUACUAUAAAAGAAACAGCUAUUUAAUGAAAUUUUGAUAUCUGCAAAUUUUUGUUGAUAUGUAAUGCUCAGAUUGCAUUUUACACUUGAUCUAAACAUAUAUCGAAAGGUAUCUGCUAAAUAGGACUUCGGGUAAGUGAGGUGAAAUGGUAGCCAGUGAUCCUUUAGGAGCUCUCACCGUACAUACUCCAGUCUAAUUUAAAUCUGACCACAGUUGCAUGGUUGCUUUACCAUGUUAGCUGUGUAUUGUUUUAGAAGUUUUAACUUCAAAAUAUGUCAUGCACAGAAUGUUUAUUAUAAACUAAUAUAAAAUGUGCUCUACCCCAUCGGCUCAGAGCUAGGGCAAACAGCAGAUAUUCAGACUUUAUUACUUAACUAGCAGACAUCCCUGGAGUCCCAGCGGUGAGUUGGUUUGGCGAGGGCGCCUCGGCAGCCCCCACGGGUUGGCUCCUACGUUUGCGUUUGUGGCUGGUCUCCUGGUGUCAGCGUUCUCUUGUACGUUGUUGCUUUCGACUUUUCAGAGCCCUCCUGCUCACUUGACCACAUGAGAUUUGGAAUAACUGUAGGACUUCUGUUUCCUGGUAACAAGAUGAACCGAGAGAGUGGGCUGGGUUCUGUUUUCUUUGGUUUUGAUUUGUUUUCAUUUGUUUACUUAGGAGUGGUGCUUUUUCUCAGAAAACAGGCCACGGUGUUUCAUACAGAAUGUCUUCAUAUCAUCUGAAAUGGUAUGGCUGAAGUUCAUUUGUUUACAGGGUCGGGAACGUCUUCAAUUCUUGAGAUUCAACAGUAAUGAUUGGCUGUAAGCCAAGGGACAUUUUAAGCUAGUGAAGAGUUUUUUCUGGAAUUGAUUUUUCCCAAAAGAAUAUAUUAAUUGAGGUUAAGAAGUCAGUGGGAAACACACAGAAAUUUAUUUUAAAAUCUUUCAGGAGCUUUAACUGAAAGACUUGGUUAUCAAGUCUUUUGGGGAGAGAAUGACAUUUUUUUUUUGAGACAGAGUUUUGCUCUUGUUGCCCAGGCUGGAGGGCAAUGGUGCGAUCUCAGUUCACUGCAACCUCCACCUCUUAUGUUCAAGCAAUUCUCCUUCCUUAGCCUCCUGAGUAGCUGGGAUUACAGGCAUGUGCCACCACGCCUAGCUAAUUUUGUAUUUUUAGUAGAGACGGGUUUCUCCAUGUUAGUCAGGCUGGUCUCGAACUCCUGACGUCAGGUGAUCCGCCUGCCUCAGCCUCCAAAGUGCUGGGAUUACAGGCGUGAGCCACUGCGCCCGGCCGAGAAUGACAUCUUAAAGCCACCAUUGCGUUCCUCAUUUGUGAACUGUUUUCUCAUAUUUUAAGUCAAGUCUACAAGAUCAUUUUUAACUUAAGUUCCAACUUUGUUGGACUUCUUAAAAUAAGCACCCAUGAAAGCCAGCCACCCCUUCCUCCUUCCCUCACCACCCUCUGUCUCUUCAUCCCUCACCACCCUCUGUCUGUUCAUCCCUCACCACCCUCCAUCUCUUCGGCUGCCUGCUCUUUAGUGUAGAUUAGUGGAAGCCAUUCACAGAAUGUAGACUCAUGUAUAGGUCACUGUUUCUUUCCCCCACUAGAAAUCACAUUGACUAAGCAGUGGAUUGAAUUUAAGAGUGCUGCCCCUGACCAGAGUGCGUACCUCUAGUUCCAGCUACUCGGGAGUCUGAGGCAGAGGAUGGCAUGUGCCAGGAGUUUGAGGCUGCAGUGCACUAUGCUUGCACCUGUGAAUAGCCACUGCACUCCAUCUUGGGCAACACAGUGAGACCCCCAUCUAUAAAAAGAGAGCACUGCCUGAACCUUGGUGGCACUGGGAAGCUCUGGCCUGAGAGUUAAACAUCCAUGCUGAAUGGUACAGUGUGCAUUCUCUCCAGCUGAAAACUUUCUUCAACUUUCCUUAAUUCUUACUAAAUUCAGGAGGAAUAAGAUAAAGAUCACUUAGAGAAAGGGUGCUUAUGGACAUAACCUGAGUUUCUUUUAACCUCUCUCCAAUGGGUGCUUUUAACUAGUUUCUACAUGGCAAGCCGUUUCAGUUUGUAAAAUCACUGCCCAGCAUGUUUGAGGUCAGUUGGCACCUUAAAACACCUGUUCUCCAGCCCUUGGACAGUGGAGAGAAUCUGUAAAAGUGUGACCCCUCUAAGAUUUCAUUUUAAAUGAUCAGAUUCGGUCCCAGUUUUAUUCUUGUUGAGUUUUUCCCUACGAAGGCUCCCUUUGAAUGUGUCUUGAGACCCAAAUUUAGCAUGUUGCUAUUAUUCCUGCCCUGCACCUGUGGAGCAGGAGUGGCAGGGCGGCUGUGCUGGGUUCCAGCUUGCUCCUGCCGAGGGACUAGCUUGGCCUUUGCGCUUUGAUUCCAGAUAGUAAGAUGAGUGGAAGUGUUUAUCCAGUAUGCAAAAGAAACUCUCACAGCUAAGGGCUCCGGGAGUUGUGUCUGUGUGACCUGAGAAUGAUCCGUCUCCUGCCUGUGUGAGGUAGCAAUGGGCACUUUUCAUUGAGACAAACUCCAGGGUGCCCAGCGGGGGUUCUGCCCCUUGCGAAGGCCCAUUCCUGGCACUUAGAGACAGAAAGAACUCAGCAAUCUUUCGUUCUAGUUAUAUUCGGUCUUUGAAACUGACAAUCUUUGAAAUGUGAAUACUGUAACAAUAUGUUUUCUUGGAUUGUUGUCUUUAAAAAGGAUUUUUGUGAAGCAAUUGAUUUAUCAAAGCAAAAAAAUUAAAAAUAGAAACUUGC